AUGCGCUCUCACCUCAAUCGCGUCGUCUUUCGCAAACUUCUGGCCAGCGAACCCAUAGCACACCGCGGUUGCCUUCGUCUGAAUCAAACCAUAUCACCAUGUUUGUCUCAUAUGCCAGCUCUCCCAAGGGCUCAGCGCCGUGCCUUCAUGAACAUCUUCAAGAAGCCCCAGCGUGCGACUUCGGAACCGAGGAUGGCUCCUGGCCUGGAAAAGAUGAUGGAAUAUUCAAAAAUGGAAAGACUUAGUGCCAGACUGCCACCGCCUGCCGAUGUUCUUAGGGCCAUUACCGACUAUCUCAAGUACAAGCGGGACGCCCCGAUUCAGAACAGCGACAAGGCUGUUCCCGAUGUUCAUGCCCAACACCUUCUUCGCUGUCUAAACUACCUAGAUCGACACCUCAUUCUGUCCACCCUUAGUCCAGGUCUUCUCGCUCGAUGGAUUAACAUCUUCGACCACCAGUUGCAUAAGAAUUUAACCACACAUCAAAAGAUUGUCGAAGUUCUAUACCGUGCACUCUCUCAGAACAAGUCGCAGCAGGGCAAGCCCCUGGAGUACCUCGAUCUCCGUGCUUACGUCCGAGCAAUGUGCGCCACAGGAGGUACAGCGAUAGCCAGGGACGAAGUCAUCAGAUACACUACGGCGCACCCUGAUGACUCGUCCUAUGAUUCUGUCUUCAUCUGGGGAGUCAUCAUGCAGGGCUUCUUGAGAGAAAUGAACGAGCAGGAACUUCUUCAUACUCUCAAGGACAUAGACGAAUAUGCUGCUCAAGGGUCUAGACAGGUGGUCUACGACACAAUGACACGGUUCUAUGCCUUCCAAGGUAACAUUGACAAAGCAUUCCAAUGGUACAACAAGGCCAAAGGGCAAGAUGUUGUAGAUAUGCGAGACUUCCAGCGUUUGCAACGGAUAUUACUUAAGUUCGCUAUGAGCACAUCAAACAUGAAGCUUGGGCAACUCCUCAUCCGGGACAUGACAGCAGGAACUCCGACAAAGUUUCAGUGGGACAUGAUCUUGGAAUGGGCUGCAGCGACAGGCAAGGGAGCCGAUGAGAUCGAUCGCAUGAUCGGGAUCAUGGAACGAGCGAACCAAUCCCUUCCCGAGAAGCAAUGGCGAGUUCCUGACCCACGAACAUUGAAUAUACUAGUCAAGGUGGCAGUCGAUCACAAAGACCCGUAUCUUGCCGAACGUCUCUUAGCUGUCGGCAAGGCAAGAAACAUUCAACCGGAUGUCCAGACACUCAUUUACCAGAUGCAGUACCGCCUAGCCGUCAAGGAUGUGGAUGGUGCUUUGAAUGUUUACAAACAUUUGCAGUCUCAUGACCUUUCAAGAGACGAAGACGUUUCUGUUGUCAACGAGCUCAUUCAGACGAUGUGCGCAUCUGGACGACAAGAUUUUGACAGCAUCAUGAAUGUCGCUGCGGAUCUCUCGGAUCGACAAGCACGCUUCGACCCUGAGACCGUGUCAGCAUUAUCAGUGUUGCAUCUUUCGCGUGACGAGGUACACGAUGUGAUUGAUCUUCUUAAUACUCAUGUCCAUAAUUUUGACAUAGCUGGCCGUGAAUCAGUACGGAACACACUGAUCGACUACUGUCUCAGACCUUCGACUACGACAGCUCAGGCAUGGGAUACCUACAUCAUUGUGAAGCAGGUCUUCGAUGAGACUGCUCGCGAGCAGCGUGUUAAGAUCAUGAACGAGUUUUUCGGACGCCAACGUCCAGAUAUGGCAGUACACGUCUUCAACCAUAUGCGAGCGCACACUCGUCAAGACACCAUUCCCACUGUCGAGACAUAUGUGGCGUGUCUAUCCGGGAUUGGCAAGACAAAGGACGAAGAAAGUCUCGAGGUUGUGUACAACCAGCUCAAGCUGGAUUUCAACGUCGAGCCGAACACACUCCUCUACAACGCCCUGAUGAAAGCAUACACAAACUGCGAAUCUCCCAGGACAGCACUGGGCUUCUGGGACGAUAUUGCAACAAGCCGCGAAGGCCCAAACAUCAACAGCAUUCACCUUGCAUUGAGAGCAUGUGAGGACGCUCCUUGGGGGGACGAGAAGGCGCGCAAGAUAUGGGCCAAGCUCAAUCGCACUGGUAUCGAGCUCGACCAAGAUCUCUGGGCCAGCUACGCCGCUGCCCUCGUAGGUAAUGGAAACAUAGACAGCGCUAUCAACGCGCUAGAGGAAGCACAUGUCGAACAAGGACUCGACAUGGACACUCUUGUAAUUGGAUCGGUGUAUAACGCCGCUCCUGGGCAGGUCAAGAAGGGCAUCAUAGAGACCUGGGCCAAAGAAAGGUACCCAGAAAUCUGGGCGGCUUUGGAGGAUAUAGGCACACGCGUCUCGGAGCUUACCCAGCUGCCAGAGUUCAAGAUCGAUAGGGAAGUUGAGCCAUAA